CAUCGCAUUCCAAAACGUAACACACACACAUAGGUUUUUCUCUUCUUGCUAACGAUGGGGUCAGAAUCCCUUUCGUCAUGUUGUUGUCUCAAAUGUGCUUGCCGACACCUCCGCAGUUCGCAUUUGGAUCUUGUGAGUUGCUCUUUCAUGAUGGUUUGAUAGGUUAUCCAAAGACUGUCACCGCCCCAUGUCCGUAUGAUGUGCCUUCUUUCUCGGAUAAUGGAUGGUACCCUGACUUGUUGGUUGGAGACUCGAAGUGGUUAGAUGCAUUCCACGCUCUGGCCCGUUCGGCACAAACCCUCAUUUCCCUUGCCCCUCCCAAGAUCGUGGACUUUGUCCGACUACAUUCUGUAGGAGUUUCUUCCCUGCUGAUCACGACCCUUUCCUUUGAUCUGUGGACUGACCUUCUUUGGAAUGCGGCUAAUGACAAGGCAGCUUUUCUGAACCUCGCCAAGUAUUUGGUAACGCAGUCGAAGGAAAUUGUUGAUGAGGAUGAGUUAGUGUCAAUAUGUGUUGAUGUGGAAAUAGCCAUGAAGGAGACGAUCUUUGUGGAUUUGUUUGGCCCUGAAUCCAAUUUUCACGCGGAUGUAGUCCAGAGGGACCUUGUUGCUGCAGAGGAUGGCGUCGAGUCGGAAGAGGAGGGGGAGGAGGAGGAGGAGGAUUCGCUCCUCUUGACAGAGGAGGAGAACGUGUACCAUGCUAAAUUGCUGACGGAAGGAAGGAACGACAAAAUUAAGGCAGUCGCGGCCAACCAGAAAUUUAAUAAUAAUAAAUAUGUCUGCAAUGCCUUCCUUCUCAUUGUACCGCCAAGGUGGGUCGAGUCACAGUCUACGUCCGUAGAGGACAAGCUUUGGGACCUUUAUACCUUCAACUACCUAGCUCCUAUCCAUGCAGAUUCCUAUAGAUUCUUAGCAUCGCUCACAGAGGAGGAGAUGAAAAAGUACAAUGAGAAGGCACUCACGUAGAACACAGAGUUGAUGAGGGGAAAUUAUCUGCUCACUGCAGACUCCAUGAGGCUCCCCGAUCAUUAGGGACUUCGACCGCACUAAGUGUAGCGUAUCUGCAUUUGCCCUGGCGGAUGAGGGUGUGAGUGAGGGGUUCAUGACUCGUGACCCCUCAGGACAAAAUAAGUGGCAGAAAGCUCGUUCAGAGGGGAAGGAUUUUUUUGUACAUAUUUUGUACAUGAGCAGGAUUAUGGAGUCUGUGCGCUUCAGAUCUAUGCUUGAACUUGCUUUUGACCAGUUCUUUCCCCCAGCAGCCAGGGAGCUACUUGCUUUGGUCGUGUUAGGGUGGACUUAUAUGAGUUGUUCGGAAUUUUUUUUUUUUUUUUUUUUUUUUUGCUGAGAACCGGGCUCAGCGUCCCACCUCUGAAACUUAUGAUUAUGAUGAUAGUAAAUGCUGAUAGAAUUA